AAACACUGCUGCUUUAGCACUGGCACACUCACACAGGGACAUUUCACAGUAAAGAGCCUCUGGUGUACAUCAGGUCAAAUUGAUACAAGAUUGCGAGAGGAUGGACCUUCCAUUUGCACAAGCAGCAACGUCUCCGGAGCUGGAGCAGCUUCCUGAAAUGAGCGAGCGGCAGCCUCUUCCAGUUGUUAUAAUAGGGAAUGGGCCCUCUGCAAUCUGCCUCUCCUACUUCUUGUCUGGCCACAGACCCUAUGUGAGGAAGGGGGCAGUCCAUCCAAACCCCAUACUCCAGAGAAAGCUGCAGGACAUCGCUGGGAGCUCCGUAGUGGAACAGGACCUGGAGUUCCUGUCUGAGGGGCUGGAAGGGCGCUCUCAAAACCCCCUGGCUGUGCUCUUCGAUGCCCUGGUUCGCCCGGAUGGUGACCUGGGCGGGAGGGCGGAGUCAGUGCUGACCUGGAGAUUGGAGCCCAAGCACCUCGUUCCACACCUGGUCCUGGGCAAGGGUCCCCCGGGAGGGGCUUGGCAUUCUAUUGAGGGCUCCAUGUUCACUCUUAGCCUCGGAGACUGGAUGGAGCUGCCCGGUCUUCACUUCAGGGACUGGAUGAGGAAAAAAAGAAGGAACUUGAGGAAUGACAGAGCCACGACUCGAGACAUAGCUCAGUACUAUGAGCACUACGUGAAGGUCCUGGGACUGCAGCAGCACUUUGCCUGCGGGACCGUGGUGACCUCUGUGAAGCCUCUCCUGCCUAGUUCAGCAGAGGAAGACCACGUGGAACCCCUGACUGCCUCCCGCAAGCUCUAUGAGAUCCAGGGCUUCCACCAGAACUCUGCAGGACUCCAGAGCCCCUUCUGCAUUCAUGCAGAGAACGUGGUCCUGGCAACAGGGACUUACGACAGCCCAGCUUGGCUGGGGGCAGAUGGGGAGGACCUCCCCUACGUUUUCCACAAAAUCUCUGAUCUGGAGACAGCUUUGCAGAAGCAGAGGCUCGGUCCGGACUCUGACCCUGUCCUGAUAGUCGGGGCGGGACUCACGGCAGCAGACGCUGUCCUCACAGCCCGCCACAGCAACGUCCCGGUCAUCCACACCUUCCGCAGAGCAGUGACGGACUCCGGCCUGGUCUUCAACCAGCUGCCCAAGAUGAUGUACCCAGAGUACCACAAGGUCCACCAGAUGAUGACUGAGCAAUCCCUUACCUCCAGCGGACCCUAUAAAGGCUACUCAAGCCUCCCAAAUCACAGUGUUGCACGCUUCUCUGCAGACAAGAAGUGUGUACUUGAGGACUUGAGUGGGAAAAGAACCGUCUUCAACAUCUCCAUGGCUUUCGUCCUCAUCGGCUCGAACCCCAACCUGUCCUUUUUACCCAGCCAUGGGAAGCACCUGGCUCUGGACCCAGGACAGACAGUGAACUCUCGUCGCAACCCCAUAGACACGGACCCCUUUACCUACGAGUCCGUUCAGGAGCCAGGGCUGUAUGCUUUGGGGCCCCUGGCAGGGGACAGUUUUGUAAGGUUUCUGCAAGGCGGGGCACUGGCUGUGACAGCCUCCUUGCUUAAAAAAAGGAACGUUGAUUGAAUGAAAUGACAUUUGGAUCAUUGCAACAAAAAACAUUAAACUGUAAGCGCCCCUUCCGCAGUGUUGCUGCUCCUUCUCCAGAUAUGAUUCUCAAUACUCGUAGUAGAGCGCAUGUGUGUUGUUCCUAACGGAUUGCUUAAUUUGAUGCCUGUUAUUUUAUUUAGCAUAUUAAAAAUGGUAUUUUGUCACAGUUGCACUUUUUCUGAGCUGGGUAGCUCAGUGGGAAACAUUCAAACAUGAUUUUUUCGCUCCUGUAUUAUUUUCAACAGUAGAAGGCAUAAUUUGAGUGCCUUUAAAAAAUGUAUCUAAAAUAUAAUAUGUCAUUUUUGUAUUAAUUGUUGCCAUAACUAAAAUCACCCAAAUUCUGUAUAUCACUAUGGAAGAGUGUUAUGUUUACAUAAACAUGUGCUGUUCUCUGUGCAGUUUUUUUAUAUUGACUGGAACUAAGGUGUUGAGGGCUUGUGGUGACAUUGAAAUCCUUCU